AGGGCCUGAACUUUAAAAUGUAUGCAACAUGGUGUAGACUUGCAGCGCCUAUACGACUUCCAACGAUGCCCGUUACAGCAAAGCACUCACCACCCAAACAAACGUCCGGAAGUAAAGUACUUAAGUCAAGACAGUGCCCCUAAAUGUUAUUAUCGAUUAGCCUGCAAUAACCAAAGGUUUUGAGCUCAUCUAUUACCUGCCUAUCUUUUCCACAAUAUCCUUUUUGGCAUCAUUCGAUAUGGGGAAUCUAGCUAAGCCGGACUCUGUUGCACGAGUUACCAAUGCCAGGCAGAGGGGGCUUGAGAUCAAAAAACUGCAGGAAGAGGCUUUGGCCCAGCUUCCAUUGAACACUCUCUACAUUGUCCUUUACAUUCGGUCUGACCCUCCUCGAGCGAAUGAUUUCCACUGGGGUUAUUACUUUCACCAAACCACCAGUGGGGGAAGCAAAUACCACAUGAGAAACCUCGGUGGCGGAUGGAUACCUGACCAUGGCCCGACCAGCGGUGUCUUCAAGUCGAACUUUCUCUGCGUCCUCAUUCAGAUCGCAAACGUUCCCGAGCCAAAACACGCAAUCCUCGACCAAACCAUGAGGUCCCGCGACGAUGAUGUCAAUCAAAUCCCUGGAGUAACUUGCCGUAUAUGGCUGAUGACUAUUUUACAACGUCUUAUCGAAGAGGGUCUGGUUCGAUGCGACGAUCAUCAGAAGUUGCAAGAUGAGUGCAUGAUGUUCGGAAAUCAAUACAGUGCGACUGCUGCGUCUAAUAGCCAGCCGCGUCCUGUGGUCAGGUCAAAGCUGUGCAAGUAAGACUCCUUGCUCCUACAUUGGCUGGUGUUAGAAUGAUGUUGUGGCUUCUGGACUCUGCCACUGACUUUUCGCUCUGCGAUAUGUGUGCUG